CGCGCUGGAGGUGUCGAGUGGGGAGGGGGGGGGGGCAGACAGACACUCGGGGCCUAGUCGGCAACAUCGAUUCAUGGGAGGAAGCCGCGCCGCUAAACAGCCGUUUUUGGUUUCCCUAAAACAGCUCCGGCCCGGGCCGCAGUCCGCGGUCUCGAGUUUGACAUCGGGCUGACGACGCGGAGGCUCGACGGUGUGCGGCCGCCAGUGACUCCCGGGGAGCCCCCCACGCCGCAGACAGCAGCAUCAUGGGAGACAGUCGAGAUUCACGGAGUCCAGACAGUUCGUCGGUGUCGUCCCCUUCGUCAGGCCAGCGCUCGCCACCUAUAGUGCCGGCGGCGGCCUCCAUGACCUCCCUGCCUCCCGUCUCCAGCGCCGGCGUCAACAGCCCCAUCAGUAGCAUCGGUUCCCCUUUUUCGGUCAUCAGCUCCUCGCUGGGCUCCCCCUGCCUGCCAGGGACACCGUCGGUCGGCUACGGUCCCAUUAGUAGUCCGCAAAUCAACUCCACAGUUUCCAUGUCUGGACUUCACACGGUGAGCAGCUCAGAUGAUGUCAAACCUCCGAUAGGCCUAAAGCUCUCGGCGCACAGCCCGGGCCCGAUGCUUUCGCAGAAACGUCUUUGUUCCAUCUGUGGCGACCGAUCCUCUGGAAAGCACUAUGGCGUGUACAGCUGCGAGGGCUGCAAAGGCUUCUUCAAGCGGACGGUGCGCAAAGACCUGACCUACACCUGUCGGGACAACAAGGACUGCAUGGUCGACAAGAGGCAGAGGAACCGCUGCCAAUACUGCCGCUACCAGAAGUGCCUGGCCAUGGGCAUGAAGAGAGAAGCUGUUCAAGAAGAGCGCCAGAGGAACAAGGAGCGCGAGGGCGAGGUGGAGUCCACCAGCGUGGUCAACGAGGACAUGCCAGUGGAGAAGAUUUUGGAGGCAGAGAUGGCCGUGGAGCAGAAGACGGAGCUUCAGGCCGACGGAAGCUCGGGAGGAAGCUCUCCCAACGACCCCGUCACCAACAUUUGCCAGGCAGCGGACAAGCAGCUCUUCACCCUGGUGGAGUGGGCCAAGAGGAUCCCGCAUUUCUCAGAGCUGCCCCUCGACGAUCAGGUUAUAUUACUACGUGCAGGUUGGAAUGAGCUACUGAUCGCCUCCUUCUCCCACCGCUCCAUCUCAGUGAAGGAUGGAAUCUUACUGGCCACCGGCCUCCACGUGCACCGGAACAGUGCUCACAGCGCCGGUGUCGGGGCCAUCUUUGACAGGGCGCACAAUGCUGAGGUUGGGGCCAUAUUUGACAGGGUUUUGACGGAGCUGGUGAGCAAGAUGAGAGACAUGCAGAUGGACAAGACUGAGCUGGGCUGUCUGCGCGCCAUCAUCCUCUUCAAUCCGGAUGCCAAGGGCCUUUCCAACCCCAGCGAGGUGGAGGUGCUGAGAGAAAGGGUGUACGCGUCUCUGGAGACUUACUGCAAGCAGAAGUACCCCGAGCAGCAGGGCAGGUUUGCCAAGCUCCUCCUGCGGCUGCCGGCGCUGCGCUCCAUCGGCCUCAAGUGCCUGGAGCACCUGUUCUUCUUCAAGCUGAUCGGCGACACGCCCAUCGACACCUUCCUCAUGGAGAUGCUGGAGGCGCCUCACCAGCUCACCUAGACCAGCCGGCGGCCGCUGCGGAGGCCGCCUCGCACGCCGGGAUCUGCCGUCCGCAGUCCGGCUCGUCGGGCUUCGCUCUGCUCAAUCGCAGCACGCGCCAGGGCUUCGAGUCGGCCCUCGCACUCGUGCACACGCACACACAUUUGCGGUUUAUCCGCUGGAUUACGGACAGAUUGAAUUUGGAGAGGCAACGUGGUUUGAAAAAUACACUCGUGCCAGCGUCUUUCUUGUACCGCCUCUUCUCAACCACAUACGCAGUCGACUAUGCACAUGCAUAUACAAAAAAAACAAACGAUAUAUACACACACAGACACUUAUAUAAAAAAAAAAAAAAGCGUGUGUAUAUGCACAGGUAUGAGUGGUAAAUGUCUUAAUCAUCUCAGAGCGCCUCUGUAUCUUGGAUUUGCGGAGUUCACCGAUGGUUUCUGGCUUCCAAUCAGGCGCCUAGCGUUCCAAUCAGCUGGCCGCCGUCAUACCAGCGUGUCUCCUUAUCGACAUCCUAAAAUGUAUGAUACACAUGCUUUGUCUUUCCACGAUCAUGCCGGAACGAGUUUUGGGUUUCUAUCUUUGAAGUACUGUACUCAUGAAAUGAGAGCUUUUUUUUUCCCCAAGGCAUUGAAAUCCAGGAAGGGUCUGGGAGCACUUUGAAUGACUCUUAACGUUGUCCUUCCAUCCUCGAUGUGCGCACAGUGGGCUUUGUAAGACAAAAAGAAUGACUUGAAUUUCUCGUGGCUUUGUUUCUUUGUGAGUUGACCCUGUUUUCUUGUCUGUCCUGGCAGUCGCUUGGCAGUUUGGCGAGCUUGAGGGAGUCGAGAGCUUCACGCCGGGCGGGCUCGCUUUCUCGUUUUAUCGCCCCGACGUCGUCCUUCGCCGACGGUCAUUAAUGCACUUUUGUGAGUCGUACCUGUGCGAACGUUUCCUCCGAAGGGCCGCCGUUCUGUGAGACAAGGUACUUGGUGGUGGCUUUCUCCUUCUUCCUCGCUGCCGUGUUGGGUCUGAUCAUUCGGGUUCGGUCAGGAAAAUGUAAACCUGUUCCUGUUGAGUGGGCAGGCCGAGCAACGAUGUGAUGCUGAGCAAGGACGAUUUUUUUUUGAGGGGGGGGGGGGGAAAUGAGCUCGGUACACCUAAUAGUGGCCAUAGAAUGAAAAAGAAGUAUAGAUGAUUGGAUGAUGUAAUAUUGCAAUCUUCUAUGCCACCCCCACCCUCCUCCGAUUGAUGACAUCACUGGUCGGCAUUAGACAAAGGCAGCGAGGGACCGGUGUUGCCUCGAAUUUAGGAUGCGAAUGACUUUUGUGUGACUGACUACCUGACACUUUUCCACAUGAGAUGUGUAAAUAUUAGGACUUGAAACUCACAAACAUCCUGCUCAUUGGGUUUUUCCACCCAACAUCUAAAACAUUUGUUUUUGGUUUUGUUUUUUGCCCCAGUCAAAUCAACGACCGUGCCCAAACUGCAACCUUUGCACCCGCGAACUUGAUUGGCACUUGACUUUUACUGUGAUUUGCAACCAAGCGCAGCUCCAAACGUGACCAGUAGUGUUUUAACAGGACUGCUAUGGAUUGAUGAUUGUGAGCCUUUCUCCAGUCAGAAGUUUUUUAAGUGUUGUUGUUGUUUUUUUUCUUCCCCUUCUCCUUAAGCAGUGGCUCAAUGUCUAACAUGGUCUUGCACAUUCACACCAAUGCAAUCACUGCACAGUAUGCUAGCAUGCGGUCAGGUCAGGCAGUGAGAUGGGCGGUGGAAGCGGAUAAUGUGGCCUAUUAGAGACUCCAAAUGCAUCCUCUUAAAGAGGACUUGUGUGCUUUUGUGACUUGGAACCCAGCCCCCCUCCUCCCGUGAGGUGACCUGUGAGACAGGUGAAUGAAUCUUUUUCAGUGUUUGGCUUUUCUCUUCUGGCAUGCGCCGGGUGCAGGGGUGGGCAAACUACGUAUGGCCCACUUUGUUCUUUCGGUUCAUUUGAAUUUAAAAAAAAAAUUUUUUUUUGAAAGGGCUUCACUGUGUUUUUUAUUAGUCGAUCUCAUUCAAAAGUUUUUUAAAAAUUGAUUUUGAACAAUUUUGCCAGUUUUCUAAGUCGGAUUAUGAAUGUAUCUCUUCAUACAUUAUCAUUUCCAUUAAUGACAAAUACAAUAAAAUGAGCUUGAAUUAUUUUAUUGAAAUGAACACUUUUAUUUGUUGCGUUCAUUUAGACGCCCUCUUAGGUAAAAUCGAUUCAUAAAAUAUUAUUGGACAAAAAUGAAUUUAUCUGACUAAAUCAUUUUUCUAUUGAUUUAUUGUAAAUAAACAGUCAUGGAAAAACAGGUUUAGUUAAAAAUACCAUUUUAUAUAUUUUUACUUUUUUU